AUGUUUCUCCAGAAUUGCUCAUUACACUCUGGAUACCACUACCCUCUUUUACGCUACUGGCAAUCAGCCUCAUGCACCCUUACCAAGGAAAAUCUCAUCUACCCAAUAUUCGUUAGUUCAAACGAAGAUGCGAACGAAGAGAUUCCAGGAUUGCCCGGCCAACGGCGUCUAGGCGUAAGGCACCUCGUGAAGUAUUUGGCGCCGCUAGUUGAAAAGAAACUCAAAUGCGUGCUCCUUUUCGGCGUCGUUGACGAGUCAUUAAAAGACGAAAGAGGCUCGUUUGCUGACUCCGCCAAGAGUCCUGUUAUUGGCGCCCUCACCUUACUGAAAGCCGAAUUGCCGUCUCUAAUUCUUGCCUGUGACGUCUGCUUGUGCUCGUAUACUCCAUCACACAAUUGUUAUAUCUCUAAUGGAUCUGGUGCGAUGGACGUCGAAAAGACCAUAAGCCGGUUAGCCGAAAUCUCCCUCAACUAUGCAAAAGCGGGUGGUCAAAUAAUCGCACCAUCUGACAUGUCCGAGGGUCGUAUUCUGGCUAUCAAGCAGAUUCUUCAGAAGAAUGGUUUUUCUCGCGAAGUCUCCGUCAUGUCCUAUGCGGCCAAAUUCGCCUCAAGUUUCUACGGCCCAUUCAGGGCCGCGGCUGGUUCUGGCGAUGGAACCACCGACAGGAAGUCCUACCAACUACCUCCAGGUGCACCCGGACUUGCGAUCCGAACAGCGAUUCGUGAUGCUAGCGAAGGUGCAGACAUCAUCAUGGUUAAACCCGGCCUGGUCUAUUUGGACGUCAUAGCAAACAUUCGGCAUGAGCUACCACAUCACCCACUCGCUGCAUUUCAUGUUUCCGGUGAAUAUGCAAUGCUGAUGGCGGCAGCUGCCGCCGGCUGCGUUGACUUGAAGUCGGCUGCUCUCGAGAUUAUGCUCUCCUUCCGGCGUGCAGGUCAGUUGUGUGCCUCUAGGGCGGACCAAUCGGAGCGUUCCUUUCAUAGUACUUAA